AUGAAUAAGGUGAAUAAACAGAAGCCUAUUCUGGAUGUGUGUAGGUUGAAUAAAGUUGGGCUUGGAGGCUUUCUUGAAACAAAAAUCAGGGGAAUUAAAUUGACAGAAGUUAUGAACACUAUGUUUUAUGGUUGGGAGUACUACAGUAGUAAUCUUGUGGAAGGUAGAAUCUUGGUGAUUUGGAAUGCCAAUUUGGUGAAGCUGCAAGUUUUACAAGAAAGUGAUCAACUUUUACACUGUCAAGUUCGGAUACAUAAUCAAAAGGUUUUCUGUAUUACUUUUGUUUAUGGUUCUAAUAAUUUGGAAAUGAGGAGAUACUUAUGGAUGGAUUUGGAGUACUUAUCUAAGCCUAGUAAUGCUUGGAUGGUUCUUGGUGAUUUCAAUGCGUCUUUUAAUCCGAAUGAUAGAAUGGGGGGUCGUCCGAUCACUGUGAAAGAAAUGGAAGACGCUAGACAUUGGUUCGAUCUUGGAUUGGUGGAAGAAAUGAAGACUAUGGGUCCGUAUUUCACCUGGUCCAAUAAUCAAGAAGGUGGGGAUCGUAUCUUUUCAAAGUUGGAUAGGGUGUUCGCUAAUGAGGCUUGGCUGGAUGAGCAUCCCUUAGCUUCGGCAGGGGUUCAGUGGGAGGUUGGGUCAGAUCAUUCCAUGAUAGUGAUAAAGCAGCUGCCUGAAAUUAAGGUCGAGGUGCGUCCCUUUCGUUUUUACAACAUGUGGAUUGUUCAUCCUCAGUUUAGAGAAGUUGUCCUUAAAAAUUGGAAUCAACCUCUUAGAUUUCCUGGAAGAGGUUUAAACCAAAUUAGUUGGAAUUUACUUCGGCUUAAGCAUACGUUGAAGAGCUUUAACUGGAAGAUUAUGGGGGAUGUUGUGUUUAACUAUGAGAGAAGCAAGCUUGAUUAUCAACAAGCUCAUUCUAUCUGCCUUGCUGAUCCUUCUAACAGAGAGUUUAGUAAUAAUGAUCGAGUGGCUUGCCUUGAGUUUAAGAGACAUGAGAAGUUAUAUGCUAGCUACAUUUCCAAAAAGAGUAAAAUUGAUUGGUUAAGCGCAGCUUCAGGAAAUAUAGAUUUUCAAGCUAUUGGGCAGGGUUCUGUUUUGAGCAGUGAGGACCAGUUGGGUUUGAUUAAACCUUUUACCGUCAAGGAGGUGAAAUUAGCUAUGUUUAGCAUCCAUUCUUUGAAAAGUCCAGGUUCGGAUGGGUUUGGGGCUGGAUUUUUUAAAGCUUUAUGGAAGGAUAUUGGGAAGGAUAUUAGUUGGGCUGUUAUGGAUUUCUUUGAGUCUGCUAGAAUCCCUCUCUCGCUGAAUAGCACUUUGCUUACUCUUAUUCCGAAAGUUGAUCACCCUACUAAUGCUUCUGAGUUUAGGCCUAUCGCUUGCUUCAACACCUUAUAUAAGUGCAUUUCCAAAAUGUUAUGCAAUAGACUUAACCUUGUUCUUCCUGCUUUGAUUAGCCAAAAUCAAGGGGCGUUCAUUAAGAAUAGGUUCCUUGCCCAUAACAUUCUUAUUCUCCAAGAUUUGUUAAAAGGUUAUAAUAGGAGAACUGUUUCUCCUUGUUGCAUUAUGAAGAUUGAUAUAAGCAAGGCUUAUGACUCAAUAGAUUGGAAUUUUUUGGAAAAUCUUCUUAAUGCUUUGUGCUUUCCUAAGAGGUUUAUUAAAUGGAUUAUGGUUUGUCUCAGAGGUUCUUCUUAUGCUUUGGUGUUGAAUGGUAGCAUUCAAGGGCGAUUCCAAGGUGCUAGAGGGCUUAAACAAGGAGACCCAAUCUCUCCUCUUUUGUUUGUAAUAGUGAUGGAUUAUCUUACUAGAUUGUUGUUAAAGACUUCUAGGGAGAAAGAGUUCAAGUUUCAUCCCUUAUGUAAGUCUUUAAACUUGGUUAGUCUUUGCUUCGCUGAUGAUCUCUUAUUGUUUUGCAAAGCUAACCAGUCUUCGGUCAGGCUUAUUCAGCAGGCUUUUUCGGUGUUUACUAACACUUCGGGUCUGUCUAUUAAUGAUUCCAAGUCCAGAAUUUAUAUAGGGGGUCUGGAUGCAGGGGAGAAGGACAGUUUGCUGCAAGAUUGUUGUCUCCAAGAAGGGCAGUUUCCCUUGAGGUAUUUGGGUAUUCCCUUGAGACCAACUAAAUGGAGGGCUUGUGACUACGUUAUCCUGAUAGAUAAGAUGAGAGCUCGGUUGAAAGGGUGGUCUAGUCGCCAUUUAUCUUAUGCAGGCCGGGUUCAGUUGAUAAACUCAGUUUUGUUGGGCAUUCGUUCUUAUUGGAUGAAUAUCUUUAUCUUACCUCAAAAAGUGGUGAAAGCCAUUGAUAGUUUGUGUUUAAGGUUCCUGUGGGGUGAAAAAGAUAAUAGAAGUAAAAUGCAUAGGAUUUCUUGGGAGCAUGUGUGCAGACCUAAAUGUUAUGGAGGGUUGGGGUUCAAAGAUAGUGCUUUAUGGAACAAAGUUAUGAUGGCUAAACUGAUGCAGGACACCAGCUGGUACUGGAGGAGGAUCAUCAAGCUAAGUAACAUUUGGUCUGAUGCUGUGACGAAAGCAGUAGCUAGAAAUGGAAAAAUCCAUAUGAGCACUUUGAACUUGUUAGUUUUUCCUGGAGAGCUGGAAAGUGCUCCUUGCUGUCAAGACAUGGCUGAGAGCUUGCGCAGCAGCGGUGUACCAUAUUUGGCUGAACAGGAAUCAAUGUUGGCUAAAUCAGUUCUGUUUGCCAGUGUUCCAGAUAGAUCACUUGAUUAG